AUGGCCAUGGAUCUAUCGGACAGCAGAGGGGACAACAAGACCAGGGGAAAGGCCUUCCCGGGAGCAGAGAGACAGCCACGAGGUGAUGGUUGUGGACAUAUAGUGACCUACCAAGACAGUGGCACAAUGACAUCUAAGAAUUAUCCAGGGACUUACCCCAAUCACACUGUUUGUGAAAAGACUAUUACAGUACCAAAGGGGAAGAGACUGAUUUUGAGGUUGGGAGAUGUGGAUAUCGAAUCCCAGACCUGUGCUGCUGACUUUCUUCUUUUCACCAGCCCUUCUGACCAGUAUGGUCCAUAUUGUAGAAAUAAGACCAUUCCCAGAGAACUCUUGCUGAACACAAGUGAAGUAACUGUUCGCUUUGAGAGUGGAUCCCACAUUUCUGGACGAGGUUUCUUGUUGACCUAUGCCAGCAGCGAUCAUCCAGAUUUAAUAACAUGUUUGGAGCGAGGUAACCAUUAUUUGAAGACAGAAUACAGCAAAUUCUGCCCAGCUGGCUGUAAAGACAUAGCAGGAGACAUUUUUGGGAAUGUGGUGGAUGGAUACAGAGAUACCUCUUUAUUGUGCAAAGCUGCCAUCCAUGCAGGAGUCAUUGCAGAUGAACUGGGUGGCCAGAUCAGCGUGCUUCAAAGCAAAGGCUUAAGUCUGUAUGAAGGAACCUUGGCCAAUGGUGUGCUCUCAAGGGAUGGUUCCCUGUCAGAAAAGCGAUUUCAGUUUGCCUCCAAUGAUUGUAGCAAAUCCUUGAGUUUGGAACCUAACAGGCAAAUCAGAGCUUCUUCCUCUUGGCAGUGGGUCAAUGAGAUUGGAGAACAAGUUCAUUGGUCUCCUGGCCAAGCUCACCUUCAGGAUCAAGGUCCUUCCUGGGCUUCAGGGGACAACAGCAAUAACCACAAACAACGAGAGUGGCUAGAGAUAGAUUUGGGAGAGAAAACGAAAAUCACAGGAAUUAGGACCACAGGAUCCACACAGUCCAAUUUCAACUUUUAUGUUAAGAGUUUUGUGAUGAAUUUUAAAAACAACAACUCCAAGUGGAGGACCUAUAAAGGAAUUAUGACUAAUGAAGAAAAGGUUUUCCAGGGAAACUCUAACUUUUGGGACCCAGUGAGGAACAAUUUCAUCCCUCCCAUUGUGGCCAGAUACGUGAGGGUCAUCCCCCAGAGUUGGCACCAGAGGAUAGCCUUGAAAGUGGAGCUCAUUGGCUGCCAGAUAACACAAGGUAAUAAUUCACUGGUGUGGCGCAAAACAAGUCAAACUACUGGUGUUUCAACUGAGACAAUCACAAAGCCCACUCCCUCAGAAAAAGUGCCCGCAGGAAUAAACAUUAUAACUGUUGCUAUUCCAUUGGUGCUCCUGGGAACCCUACUCGUCGCUGGAAUGGGAAUCUUUGUAGCCUUCAAAAAAAGGAAGAAGAAAGGAAAUCCUUAUGGAUCAGCUGAGACACAGAAAACAGGCUGUUGGAAGCAGAUUAAAUACCCUUUUGCCAGACAUCAGUCAUCUGAGUUUACCAUCAGUUACGAUAAUGAAAAGGAGAUGACCCAAAAGUUAGAUCUCAUUGCCUGUGAUGUGGCAGAUUAUCACCAGCCUCUCAUGAUUGGCACUGGGACAGUCACGAGGAAAGGCUCCACCUUCCGACCAAUGGACACUGACACCGAUGAGGCAGGAAUGAGCACGGACGCCGGCGGCCACUACGACUGCCCACAGCAUGGUGGCCGCCACCAGUAUGCCCUGCCCCUGACCAACCAGGAGCCCGAGUACGCCACGCCCAUCGUGGAGCGGCACCUGAUGCGAGCCAACACCUUCUCGGCGCAGAGCGGCUACCGCGUCCCGGGGCCCGCACCCACGCACAAACAUUCCCUUUCUUCAGGCGCCUUCUCCCCGACCGGAGGAGCAGGCACCAGAAAUGGAGACUAUCAAAUGCCACAGAGCCCCAAACCUGCGGACCGGGCAUAUGAUAAGCCCAAAGUGAACAGCUGCUUCACCGUAGAGAGCAGAGAUUCUGACUCCCAGAACCCCCAGCUGAGUCCUUUAAUGAGCGAUGGUUACUCAGCACCCAAAGACUGCCUGAAACCCAUCAACCAAACGGCCAUGACUGCUCUUCUGUGA